CCCGGGUCGUCCCCGGCCGGGCCCCUCCGCGCGCGGCCCCCCACUCCCGGCUCCCGCGCCGCCCCCACCCCGGCUCCCCCACGUGGCGCCCGGACUCGGCGCGGGCCCUCGCGCCGCAAACUACACAACUCGCGUCCCAGUGGACUAGAAGAUGAACGCAACUGAUUUCAGUGAAGAUGUAGAUGAAGUUCUGAAAAUCAGUGCUGUGAAGGUGGAGUCCGAGACCGAAGAUGCUGCCCUGGACUGCUCGGUGAAUGCCAGGCCUUCCGAGAAACACCCGCUGGACCCUGUCUUCACGGUCCUCCAGGACUGCAGCAAAAGGAAGCAGCCUGCUGGCGACAGUCAGUCGGAUUCUGUCUCCAGUGUGAAGAGACGCCGGUUGAUUCCCGAGGCGCUGCUGGCAGGCAUGCGGAACCGGGAGCACAGCUCACCCUGCCAGGGCAACGGGGAGCAGGUUGGCAGGAGCAAGCACCUGAGCUCUGUGUGGCCAGGGGAGGAGGACGGCUGCGGGGACACGACCACUCCCUCCUACAAGAAGCCUCUCUAUGGCAUCUCGCACAAGAUAAUGGAGAAGAAGAACCCCCCGCCGGGGGACACGGUCAGCACGUUCGAGCUCUUUGAGAAAGCGAACGCCAACAGCCCCUCCCCGCUGCGUCUCCUGAACGAGCCCCAGAAGCGGGACUGCGGCGGUGGCCCCACCGACGGCGACCCCAACAUCUACUUCCUGAUCCAGAAGAUGUUCUACAUGCUCAACACACUGUCCUCCAACAUGUCCCAGCUGCACAGCAAGGUCGACCUGCUCUCCCUGGAGGUGAGCCGCAUCAAGAAGCAGGUGAGCCCCACCGAGAUGGUGGCCAAGUUCCAGCCGCCCCCCGAGUACCAGCUCACGGCCGCCGAGCUCAAGCAGAUCGUGGACCAGAGCCUGUCGGGCGGCGACCUGGCCUGCCGCCUGCUGGUGCAGCUCUUCCCCGAGCUCUUCAGCGACGGGGACUACCCCCGCGGCUGCAGCGCCUGCGGCUUCGCGGCCAAGCGCAAGCUGGAGUCCCUGCACCUGCAGCUCAUCCGCAAUUACGUGGAGGUCUACUACCCCUCGGUGAGGGACACGGCCGUGUGGCAGGCCGAGUGCCUGCCGCAGCUCAACGACUUCUUCAGCCGCUUCUGGGCUCAGCGGGAGAUGGAGGACAGCCAGCCGGGCGGCCAGGUCGCCGACUUCUUCGAGGCCGAGCAGGUGGAGCCGGGCCACUUCCUGGAUAACAAGGACCAGGAGGAAGCCCUGUCGCUGGACCGCAGCAGCACCGCCGCCUCGGACCAGAUGCUGGACACGCAGGACCUCACCGAGUUCCUGGACGAAGCCUCCACGCCGGGCGAGUUCACCGUCUUCCUCCUCCACCGGCUCUUCCCCGAGCUCUUCGACCACCGCAAGCUGGGCGAGCAGUACAGCUGCUACGGGGACGGCGGCAAGCAGGAGCUGGACCCUCACCGGCUGCAGGUCAUCCGCAACUACACGGAGAUCUACUUCCCCGACAUGCAGGAGGAGGCGGCCUGGCGGCAGCAGUGCGCCCAGCGCAUCAACGACGAGCUGGAGAGCCUGGGGCUGGACGGGGCCAGCGAGGGCGAGCCCCCCCGGGAGGACUGCUACGACUCCUCCAGCCUGCCGGACGACAUCUCCGUGGUCAAGGUGGAAGACGGCUUCGAGGGCGAGCGGCCGGGCCGGCGCUCCAAGAAGAUCUGGCUGGUGCCCGUGGACUUCGACAAGCUGGAGAUCCCGCAGCCCGACUUCGACGUGCCGGGCGCCGACUGCCUGCUCAGCCGGGAGCAGCUGCGCGGCAUCUACGAGAGCAGCCAGUCCAUCGGCAACUUCGCGUCGCGCCUGCUGGUGCACCUGUUCCCCGAGCUCUUCACCCACGAGAACCUGCGCAAGCAGUACAACUGCAGCGGCUCGCUGGGCAAGAAGCAGCUGGACCCGGCCCGCAUCCGGCUCAUCCGCCACUACGUGCAGCUGCUCUACCCCCGGGCCAAGAACGACCGCAUCUGGACGCUGGAGUUCGUGGGCAAGCUGGACGAGCGCUGCCGGCGCCGGGACACGGAGCAGAGACGCUCCUACCAGCAGCAGCGCAGGGUGCACGCUCCGGGCCCCGAGUGCAGGGACCCCGCGGCUGCCUUCACCGCCACGGCCGCCGCCGCCGCCAACCCCGAGAGGUUCCGCGAGGACCUCGACGGCCCCCCGCUGCCCCCCGAAAGGAGCAGCAAGGACUUCUGCAAGAUCCCGCUGGACAAGCUGGUGGUCCCCGCACCCGACUUCCCGGUGCCCCCCGUCUACCUGCUGUCGGACAAGGAGGUGCGCGAGAUCGUGCAGCAGAGCCUGUCGGUGGGCAACUUCGCCGCCCGCCUCCUGGUCAGGCUCUUCCCCGAACUCUUCACCGCCGACAACCUCCGGCUGCAGUACAACCACUCGGGAGCCUGCAACAAGAAGCAGCUGGACCCCACUCGCCUGAGGCUCAUCCGCCACUACGUGGAAGCCGUCUACCCGGUGGAGAAGAUGGAGGAGGUGUGGCACUACGAAUGUAUCCCCAGCAUCGACGAACGGUGCCGACGCCCCAACAGGAAAAAAUGCGACAUCCUGAAGAAAGCCAAGAAAGUAGAGAAGUGACGCCCCCCCCUCCCCCG